CUGUCAUGUGAUGGUGAAGAACCAGAGAACAGACCUGAAGAACAGCAGGAAGGUGACAUGCCCAAUGGUGGCUUUGCUCUGGAAUCUUGUCUUCAACCUCCUAAUGUAGCAGAGGAAAUCAUGUCUUUCAGUGAAGGAAUCUACUGUGUUGCUCCAGCUGAGAGAAACAGUCCAGUCGGCUUUUUUAAGACCCCUAAACUUGAGGCCAUGGCUUUCCCUGUACAGUUUCCUACAGGUCAAAACACCCUGGAUGAGAGCAGACGUGUCAAACUGUCACCCAGCAGUUACUUCAAAUCCAGACUUUUCUCUAUUGAUGACAGAUUUGCCAGAGACUCUAAUUAUUUGUUCUUUGCACAGUUUGUGAUUGAGGUUCACCUGGCUACCAACAGCAUGACCAUCCAGUUGAGAAAAGGCAAACCCAUGACCAGAGACGGACGAAAAAUAACCUCAGGAAUGCUGCAAGACAGACGUGAAGUAGAGAAACUUGUGAGAAACCGCGAGGCUUUUCGCUUCAUGAGAGCAUUACGUGGUACUCCGGCCUACUGGCACCAGAAAACCAGUGAACUGUUUGCCAUGAUAAGACAGCUGGGCACUCCCACCUUCUUUUGCACGUUUUCAGCUGCUGAGAUGCGAUGGCCUGAAGUGAUUGAAGCAAUCAAGAGACAGCAAGGUGAGGAGGUGAAUUUUGAAGAGCUGGACUGGUCAGAAAAAUGUGACAUCCUGAGAAGUAAUCCUGUGACAGCAAUGCGCAUGUUUGAUAAGCGAGUGGAGGCCUUGUUCAGAGAUUUGCUGCUUUCGCCUGCUCAGCCACUGGGUAAAGUUGUGGACUUCUUUUAUCGAGUGGAGUUUCAGCACAGAGGAAGUCCUCACAUUCACUGCCUGCUCUGGGUUGAAGGUGCCCCUGUGUUUGAAAAGGAUGAUGAUCAGACUGUGUGUGAUUUUGUGUCCAGAUACAUCACAGCUCAGCUCCCUGACCCUCACACUCAACCCGACCUGUACAAGAAAGUCAGUGAAGUCCAGAAACACAGUCGUACACACACCAAGACGUGCUUCAAAAGUGUUGGCUCUGGGUGCCGUUUUGGGUUUCCCAAACCUCCCUGCAGAAACGUAAUGAUCACGAGACCUGAUGGUGGUAAACAUACUGCAACUGCAACGACUAAGCUGAGACCUCUGAACAGACUCCUGAAUGAACCUGAAGCAGCUUCCAUGAGUUUAGAUCAGCUUCUGGCUCAGUGUGAUUUAACCGUGGCUGAAUAUGAGUUCUACCUGAAUGAACUGAACAAAUCCAGUGCUGUCCUGCUGAAGCGAGAUCCAAAGGAUUGCUGGAUCAAUGCCUACAAUCCACACCUGCUCACAGCCUGGGAUGCUAACAUCGACGUGUCCUACAUCCUGAAUGCUUAUGGCUGUAUUCAUUAUCUGACCAAGUACAUCACCAAGAAGGAAGCUGGACUCUCAGAGUACCUGAAAACAGUGAUCAAUAACUCCAACACCAGCAACGUGAAUGACAGUGAGGAGAUGAAAGCAGUCAUGCAGGCCUACUCCAAGAAACGAGAAAUCAGCGCACAAGAGUGUGUUGCCAGAGCAUGUGGACUGAAGAUGAAGAAGUGUUCCCGAGCUGCAGUUUUUAUACCAACAGAUGAGAACCCUCUGAGAAUGAGUCGCCCUCUGUCUUUCCUUGAGAACACCACUGAUGAAUGUACAAACAUCUGGAUGACAUCUUUGGCGGAUAAGUAUAAGAACAGACCAGAAACACCAGAGUUUGAGGAAAUGUGCAUGGCGGAUUUUGCUGCCACCUGCAGGUUUGUCCGUGAGAGCAAAGGAGCUGAUGUGUUUCCACUGCUGAAUGACAUGGGCUUUGUACAGAGGAGAAAGAACGAUAAACCAGCUGUGAUCAGAUAUUACCGUUGCUCAGAGGAAAGAGAUUCUGAGAACUUCCAUGGCAGAUUACUGAAGCUGUACCUUCCACACAGAUCAGAUGAGGAACUGAAGAGACCAGGCUUUCCAACCUACCAGAGCUUUUACAGAGCCGGCUGGGUUCAGCUGCCAGGCUGGAACCACGGCCGGUCGGUGGAAGUGAUCGUCAAACAGAACAGAGAAAAAUAUGAGAAAAACAGUGAAGAGAUUGAGAAAGCUGUUGAAGAGUUUCAAGAGAAUCAAGGUGUGAUGGAUGAGUGGUGUAACCUUGCUCCUCAGUCUGAAGUUGUGAGACUGGACUACGAUGAUGAUGCUGAACAACCACAUCCUGAUGAUCCUGAGCAGGAAAAUGUCCCCGAGUACAGCCGUCAAGCUGAUGCAGUCAGUGAAGCCAGAGUGACCAGAGAGCCUCCUGUGAUCGAUCCAGCUGUGUUAAGACACAUGUAUCAGAGUCUCAACCUAAAGCAGGCUGGUUUCUUUUACACUGUGAGAGAAUGGUGCAUUCGCAGAGUCUGUGGCCUUCGUCCAGAGCAGUUCUUCUAUUACAUUAAUGGAGGGGCGGGGACUGGGAAAUCCCAUCUCAUCAAAUGUAUUCACUCAGAAGCAUCGAAGAUUCUGAGAAAUGUUCCACGACAUUGUGAUGAGGUUGACAUCAGUAAGCCUACUGUCCUGCUGACGGCUUUCACUGGAACAGCAGCGUUUAACAUUUCAGGUUCAACUCUCCAUUCACUGCUGAAGCUACCCAGAAGUCUCAAACCUCCAAUCCAAGGUCUUGGUAACAAGCUGGAUGAAGUCAGAGCAGAGCUCCUCAACGCUGAAAUCCUGAUCAUUGACGAGGUGUCCAUGGUUUCCAGGCCGUUGUUUGUCUACGUUGAUGCUCGACUAAAGCAGAUCAAAGGCAGUCAGAGACCUUUUGGAGGAGUUUCUGUCAUUGCUGUUGGAGAUUUUUAUCAACUUCCUCCAGUGAGGCAUUCCACUCCUCUGUGUGUGUUUGACCCCUCUGAAAUCGACUUGUGGCACGAGCAUUUCCAGAUGAUCACUCUGACUGAGAUCAUGCGGCAGAAAGAUGACGUUGCCUUUGCAGAGAUGCUGAACAGGAUCCGAGUCAAAGACAAGUCUGCUGAGUUGUCUGAAGCUGACCGAGCUUUGAUUUAUCAGACUGUAACAGAACCAGCUCUUUGUCCAACUGAUGUCCUGCACAUCUAUGCUACGAACAAACAGGUGGAUGCACACAACUCUGCAAGGCUGGCUGAACUGUUUGACAACAUAAUCACCAUUGAUGCAGAUGACUUCGAGAAAGAUCCUCAGACUGGCAGAAUGACACGGAAACAAACACCAGUCAAAGGAGGCAGGAAUGAGCUACCAGACUCUCUACAGGUUGCUGAGGGCGUUCGAGUCAUGCUGACCAGAAACAUUGAUGUGCAAAGUGGUCUUGUCAAUGGAAGUUUUGGCACUCUGGUGCGGUGCAUCUCAGAAAAUGAUCAUGUCACUAAGCUGGGUCUCCGAAUGGAUAGCCAUGUGUCCUCAGAACAAAAUGAUGAUGUGGUUUAUAUUCAGAGAGAGGAAGACAACCUGAAGCAGAAAGGUGUGGUGCGCAGACAGUUCCCCAUCAAACUGGCUUUUGCAUGUACCAUCCACAAGGUCCAGGGAAUGAGUAUGCAGUCUGCUGUGGUGUCACUGAAGAACAUCUUUGAACCUGGGAUGGCUUAUGUUGCUGUGAGCAGAGUCACUUCUCUCAGUGGACUCUACAUUGUAGACAUGGAUGAGAGUAAGUUCUACGCCAGUCAACAGAUCACUGCAGCCCUGGAGAGCAUGAGACAGGCCAGUCCAGCUGAGAUGAUGCCUCUUCUACAGAUGAGAGAAACCCUGAGCAGACCUGAUACCCUGACCAUCAUCCACCAUAACACUGAGGGAUUACCGGCUCACAUCAAUGACAUCAAGAGCCACCAUGAAAUGUGUUUGGCUGACAUCUUGUGUCUCACUGAAACCCAUUUGCAGGGCUCCUUUGUUGCAGACAGUCUUCAGUUACCAGGCUACAACCUGUUCAGACGUAACAGACACCUGUCCUACAGCAACUUCCCUCAGAUUGCCAGCAGAGGUGGUGGAGGAGUAGCCAUCUAUGUGAGAAACCACAUCCAAGCUCGAGAGAAGCAGUAUCUGCUGAAUGUCACCGAUCUUGAGUUUGUGGCCUUGAAGCUUGAUGCUCCACCAAGAAGCCCAUUCUGGAGCUGUUUCAGACCAGAGGUUAUGCUCAACUCAUCACUGCUUCCACCACAGAGAAGAACACACUGCUGGACCUGAUUUUCAUUUCACAGCCCGACCACUGUGUCCAGUCUGGCGUCCUGAGAUCAUAUCACAGCUACCAUGAUCCUGUUUACUGUGUCCUGACUUUCAGCAACGUGUGAAGCAGA